AUGGUCCCCGGAUCAAGCAGUAUGGAGAUGUGGCCAAGCGAGGGGCAUCUGAACGCAAAUUCGGACGCGGAGGCCCACUGCAGAAUGAUCUGCGUCUCCUACCUGCUCUGCCAGUACUGGCAGUACUCCAACGUGCCCCCCGCGCCCUCCGCGCGCCAGAGCGUCGGCUCGCGCGCGGAGGGGCGCGGCGAGUGGUGGCCCGUGCGUCAGGCGGGAUGGAUUGCUGCCGCUCCGCGGGCUAGAAGGACUUUUCUGGCGCCUCACCCGGGCCACUUCGCCGCCGUCGUGGCCGAGGCUGUCCGUGGCGCCUUCGACGGAGGGCCUGCCGACACCGCGCGCGUUCCCGCCCUUUCGGCGGCGGUGCGCGAGCGGCGGCGCAGGCGCCGCCAGCGGCGCGCGGACCGGAAGGAGCAACAUCGACACGGCGACGCGGCGGCGGCGGGCGCGGAGGCGGCGGCUGGCCAGCCGCCUGCUGCGUCUCGGGCUGCUGCGGGCGCCUGCAGGCGGGACCCUGGUCCUGCCGACGACGACGCGAUGGACUUCGACGACGACGCCGGGCCUGGGGGCGCGCCUCCCCGCCAGCUGCGUCGGAAGCGGCUUGGGCUGGCGGCGGCACUCUGGAGCGCAGCAGGCUUGGGAAUGAUGAGCACGUUGGACGCGCACUCUGUGUUCGUGGUUUUGGUUUUGUCGGUCGUCUUUCAGCUCGACCCGCUUCCCGCGUCCUUCGCGGACGUUGAAGCCAGGGGCUGCGGGAGUUUGUUCCGGAGGCACUCGCAGUGGAUGUUAUCCGAGUUCCUCAAAUCGCUCAUGUCGUUCCCGUUCCCGAAGAAUUGGUUCGAUUUCCGUUGGUCGUCUGUUGCGGCCCAGGCUCGCGUGGCGCAGUUUGAGGACUCGGCCAACGGGGGCUUCAGAGCGCAGCAGCGCGCCAGGGCCCUUCAAGAGGAGCAGGAGAAUGAGCAGAAGGACGACGGCGAGAAGGACGAGCAGAACCACGCGGGGGGCGAGGAGGAGGUCGAGGCUGAAGAGGGGGAUGGGGAGCAGCAGUGCGUGGACCAGAGGCCGCCGCAUCCCCGGAAGGCAGCCAUGGCCUUCGUGAAGCUCGCCGCCGUCGUCGCCGCUGCGACCUGCCGCACCGGGUCCGCCUUCUCGGCGGCCGCCGGCAGCCGCGCCGGGCUCCGCGGUGCACCCGUGGCCGGCGGCGCGGCGGCGUGGGAGGACGGCGCCUUCGCCGGGGGCUCCGCGCCCACUGGCGUGCGCGUGGCAGCGGCGGCCGCGGCAGCGGUGCUGGCCGCCGCCACGGCGAUGCGAGCGCGCAGGCCCGUUGUCGGGGGCAAUUGGAAGUGCAACCCGGAGAAGGCGGCCGACCUGGACGGGCUGAUCGCCAACAUUCAGGCCUGCGACACCAGCAAGUGCGACGUCUACGUGUGCCCGUCUCCCCUCCACGUUUCGUACUGCACGGGCAAGUUCUCCAACGGCGCGGAGGUCACCCCGCAGAACUGCAACUUCAAGGGCUGCGGCGCCUUCACUGGCGAGAUGGCCGUCGAGCAGAUGAAGGACAUGGGCAUCAGCCAGGUGCUCAUCGGCCACUCCGAGCGCCGCGGCGAGUUCGGGAUAUUCCCGAUGGAUGAUAACACGACGCUCGCCACGAAGCUUAAGUACAUCCUCGAUGCCGGCAUGAGCUGCGUCUUUUGCAUCGGCGAGCCCAAGGAGAUCCGCGAGAAGGGCCUUGACGCCGUGCUGGAGGAGAUGCACGUGCAGAUGACCCAGAUCUACGACCUGCUGGAUCCCGCCAAGGUGGUGAUCGCCUAUGAGCCCGUGUGGGCCAUCGGCACCGGGCUGACGGCCACGCCGGAGGACGCCCAGGCGACGCACAAGGGCAUCCGCGACCUGAUCGCCAAGCACGCGUCGGCCAGCGUGGCGGAGGGCAUCCGCAUCCAGUACGGCGGCUCCGCCAACGCCGCCAACGCGCCCGACCUGUCGGCCCAGCCAGACAUCGACGGCUUCCUGGUGGGCGGUGCGUCGCUGAAGCCGGAGUUCGCAGAGAUCGUCAAGGCGAUCUCGGACGCGAAGGCGGCGCAGCCAGCAUAG